AUGAGUGUUGACGCGUACGGACCCAGCAGCCAGACCCUCACCUUCCUCGACACCGAGGAGGCAGACCUCAUCGGGGCCGAUACCCAGGGCAGUGAAUUUGAUUUCACGGAUUUUACUUUACCAUCGCCUAGCCAGACUCAGGCAUCGCAACACGAUGGAGCCCAAAGCCAGCAAAGUCAACCCGUGCAGGUAAAUGGGACCAGUGUUGCAUCUUCUUUGGAUUUGAAAAUAUCAGGUGCUGCACAGACAUUGGCUGAGCUGCAGUUUGAAGAGGAGGAAGAGGAAGCCUAUUACAAUAGAGACUUGCCAGAACAUGCAUGUAAAUAUUGUGGUAUACACGAGGCAUCAUGCGUAGUUAUGUGCAAUGUCUGUCGCAAGUGGUUUUGCAAUGGACGUGGAAAUACCUCAGGAUCACAUAUCAUCAAUCAUCUGGUUCGAGCCAAACACAAGGAAGUGACACUGCACAGAGAUGGACCACUGGGUGAGACUGUGCUAGAGUGUUACUCUUGUGCCGUGAGGAAUGUUUUCGUUCUUGGAUUUAUACCUGCUAAGGCAGAUUCUGUUGUGGUAUUGCUCUGUAGACAACCAUGUGCUGCACAGAGUUCCCUUAAAGAUAUGAACUGGGACCAGGAACAGUGGAAGCCAUUAAUAGAAGAUCGCAGCUUUUUAGCAUGGCUUGUGAAGAUUCCUUCGGAACAGGAACAAUUACGCGCAAGACAAAUAUCUGCACAGCAAAUUAACAAAUUGGAAGAACUAUGGCGCGACAAUGUGGACGCGACUUUCCAGGAUUUAGAGAAACCUGGGGUAGAUGAGGAGCCACAGCAAGUCUUACUGCGCUAUGAAGAUGGAUAUCAAUAUCAAAAUAUUUUUGGACCUCUGGUUAAACUGGAAGCAGAUUACGACAAGAGGCUAAAGGAGUCCCAGACCCAGGAGAACAUCGAAGUCAGAUGGGACGUUGGCUUAAAUAAAAAGACCAUCGCAUACUUUAUGUUGGCGAAAACAGACGGCGAUAUGAAGUUAAUGCACGGCGAUGAACUCAGAUUGCGUUAUCUGGGUGAACUUCACAAACCAUGGUCUGGCAUUGGACACGUAAUUAAAAUUCCUGAUAAUUACGGCGAGGAAGUUGGAAUAGAACUUAAAAAUAAUUCUGGAGCUCCUACCGAGUGCAUCAGCAACUUCGUUGUGGACUUCAUCUGGAAAAGUACCAGUUUUGACCGCAUGCAACUGGCUUUACGGAAAUUCGCCGUAGAUGACACUUCUGUAUCCGCCUACAUAUACCAUCGACUGCUGGGUCACGAAGUCGAAGAGGUUCUUUUCCGUUGCCAUUUGCCGAAGCACUUCAGUGCUCCGAACCUACCCGAUUUAAAUAGAUCCCAAGUAUACGCGGUGAAACACGCCGUGCAACGACCAUUGUCUCUCAUUCAGGGUCCUCCAGGAACCGGAAAAACGGUAACAAGUGCCACUAUUGUCUACCAGCUGGUGAAACAGAACGGUGGACCAGUUCUGGUAUGCGCUCCAUCAAACACUGCAGUAGAUCAGCUCACUGAAAAAAUUCACAAGUCGAACUUGAAGGUAGUGCGCUUAUGCGCAAAAUCUAGAGAGGCCAUAGACUCUCCAGUGAGCUUCCUGGCAUUGCACAAUCAAAUCAAGAACAUGGAAACAAAUACUGAACUGCAAAAGCUACAGCAGCUAAAAGACGAGACCGGCGAGCUUUCAAGCGCCGAUGAGAAACGUUAUAGACUUUUGAAAAAAGCUGCAGAGAAAGAACUACUAGAAGCCGCUGACGUAAUUUGCUGCACUUGCGUUGGGGCGGGCGAUCCUCGAUUGCACAGACUGAAAUUCCAUUCUAUCCUGAUUGACGAAAGUAUGCAGGCUACGGAACCAGAGUGUAUGGUUCCUGUCGUUUUGGGAGCGAAACAGCUGAUCCUAGUCGGGGACCACUGCCAACUGGGUCCUGUGGUCAUGUGCAAAAAAGCUGCACGGGCAGGAUUAUCUCAGUCGUUAUUUGAAAGAUUGGUAGUUCUCGGAAUCAGACCAUUCCGGCUCGAGGUCCAGUAUCGAAUGCAUCCUGAUCUUUCACGAUUUCCCUCAAAUUUUUUCUACGAGGGUUCGCUGCAGAAUGGAGUGUGUGCGGAUGAGCGGAAGCUCCUGAAGAUUGAUUUCCCCUGGCCAGCACCCGAUAAGCCGAUGUUCUUCUACGUGACCCAAGGCCAGGAAGAAAUUGCUGGUAGCGGAACUUCCUAUCUAAACAGAACUGAAGCAUCAAACGUUGAGAAAAUCACAACACGUUUUCUGCGAUGUGGUGUAAAGCCAGAGCAGAUUGGAGUGAUAACCCCUUACGAAGGUCAAAGAGCCUACCUGGUACAAUAUAUGCAGUACCAGGGCUCCUUACACUCCAAGUUGUACCAGGAGAUAGAAGUAGCGAGUGUUGACGCUUUCCAAGGCCGCGAAAAAGACAUUAUAAUUAUGUCUUGCGUACGAUCGAACGAGCAUCAAGGAAUAGGUUUCCUGAAUGAUCCCCGACGAUUAAACGUAGCUCUGACGCGAGCCAAGUACGGAAUAAUAAUCGUGGGCAAUCCUAAAGUCCUGUCUAAGCAGCCACUCUGGAAUCAUCUGCUGAGCUUCUACAAAGAACAGAAGGUGCUAGUGGAAGGACCACUGAACAAUCUGAAGGAAUCCAUGAUUCAAUUUGCUAAACCUAAGAAGCUGGUGAAUGCAGCCAAUCCUGGCUCCCACUUCAUGUCCACGUCCAUGUACGACGCCAGGGAAGCACUGAUUCCAGGGUCGGUCUACGACCGUUCUGGCACUCAAGUGAACGGGACGCAAAAUCAUAAUCCCUACUAUCAGAGGAAUGUUCCUCUGGACAUCUUCAGUAGAACUCACGACACAAUCAGCUACAUAAGUCCUGAACGGGCUCAGGCGGCGAUGAACAACGUGCCCGUACCCGUAGGCAUGUUCAUGAACAUGGCCCACGUCCCACCGCGUUUCUACAACCAGCAUCAGCAAGCACUCCAGGCCCGGCAGAACCAGCGUAACCGUCGUGGCAGUAGCGGCAUCAAGAACAAACCAGGACCCCGAGUUGGAAAGCUAAGCCAAAGCGAGCAGAACACUCAACCGUACAGUCAAUCAGGAUUACCCUUGACUCAGGGCACCACCCAAGGCAUGUCGCAACCAGGAUUCAGUCUCUCGCAACCUGGACUCAGUCAAGCUGAACUCUCCCAGGACUCGUUCGCCGUCGGCGAGUUCCAGUCCCAGAUGGACGGUCUACUUUCCCAGGAUUCGACGUACCAGGGCGAUCGGAGUGGGUUCUAUCAAUCCGGUCAGUCCCAAGCUGGGGGCCAAUUUUCGCAGCCCUAUUGAGCCGAAAGGAUACGGCUGUAUAACGCAUUCGCCAUGCAGCGUCGCGGGAGCGACUGAAGGCUCGUUCGACCAACUCUUCUUCGACCAACAACCAAAAAAUCACCAACGCGCAAAACGGGGUAAAACGGCUCGGCGUUCGAGUCACGAGUUAUUAUCGACGGAGGCGGCUCGUCGCGUUAAACAAAGAGGUUAUUCAGCAAAAGGGGUAUUAAGCGAUUGGCGGAGGCCACCAGCGAUAUCUUCAUCCAUCAUUCAUCCCUCUGUUUUAUCUAUCGCUCGCAACAGACACGCGGCAAACAACACCGAACAGCUACACACAAUAUCCACAAACCAGACGCAUGCUCUCUCCGCACGGUAGAAGAGCCAAGAGGGAAAAAUACAUACGAUUCAAUACACAGCGAAAACGACAUGAAAAGAAGGACAUAUACGAAGACAAUUAUUACCGUCAAGGAACACAGAGGGUGAUGAUUCACCGGACGACUGGAUAUCGGCAAGACUAGACAUACCUUCCGGUUCUGGAGCGAUCGUGACCUACCUGUCCAGGAAGUGAUUAGUUGCCGGCUCAAGAAAAUUGACAAGUGUCCCAGAAAGCGUGUAACGGCCAAGAGACUGUGAGGGAUGCAAAUUCCCCCCGAAGAACAUUUCUCAAUUCCUCGUCUUUGUACAUCCGUCAUGAAGUAAUGCAGGUUACAGGUAGACUGGGAAUGACCGCGGGAUAUCAUCGAGGAUUCUGAUGGCUUCGCACGUAGAGACACAACUUUUCAACUUGCCUCUUCGACUUCUAUGCCUCCUUUUGCCGAGCUGCCUGACCAAUCGCAGCGGAAGCAAGACACACCUUGACACUCGCUCAACACAAGCUUUCCUUUACCUGGAGGACGAACGCGCCGAGGGGACAUCCGACACUGGACGCCCUGGGACACUCCUCGUCUUCCCGUUCAGCUCUGCUCGACAGCUGGAGCUGGACGCUAGUUAAAGUUUCUGAGUCACGUCCGGAUGUGUUAGGGCCAGGCAUCCUUAAGCACUGGUCACUUUUCGUGUCUUUCAUUUAGUUCGAGGCGAUUGCUACCGCCGAAGCCCUCGGAGCCGACGGAGCCGACGGAUGGGCUAUUUCAGUUUUUCUGUCUUUGAGUCGCGUUUCUCACGGUAGGGAAGGGGAAGCGGGUAACAGGGUGGGAAGGAGCGGCAAAGGAAUACCAGGAGGGUUGAUCGGAGAACGAGGAGUCAAUAUCGAAGGAUGAAGAGAGUUCGAAAAUCCUAAGCAACGAUGGCGGCGGGCAUCAGGUCGAAGUGGCCCUCGUCGAGGAUGCCAAUGGUUUCCUGCUCCUUCCGGAUACGACAGCCGCAUUAUAAUCGGGGCCCGUGAGAAGCUGAAUGUCAGUAAAUCCGCGUACGGUGAGAUCGUUCCGUGUUUUAAUUCAUUACUUUUAAUGUCUAAGGAUAUGUCAUAGUCCGUUAGCGUUCAGGGGAUUUUACUUGUUUUAUCAGAUCGAUAUCGAAAAGUGUCCUAUUCGACUUUGAUUCAUUCGUAAUUCUUGUUCUCUCCAUCUUUCGUUAGUUUUCUUCCUUAUCUUCAUCUUUUCUUUCUUUAAGUCCUUUUCAGCGAGAUCAACUCGUACGGUGCACUGGCUGUAUUUCGAUAUUCUAAUUUCGUUACUACUUGUCUCCUUUCUGUCCUUUUUCUUUUUUUAAUAUUAUUCUACGACUUUUGCAAUGCGUUAGCUGCACCUGCUGGUAGCUACUUUGCCUUUACGGGCUACGAACCACUCGACAGAAUGGCAGUCCGCAUUAAUCGACGCAGCGACAAAAUUACUUAUCCCUUUAGUUCUCUCAUUGUCUGACGAACAGCGCACCGCUAACUAACUGCAGAUUACAAUACGGAAAUUCACUGUAAAACCUAAUGGUGGUACCAAUAAAUUUGAUUUGAAAAUGCAA